UGCAGAUCGGGCGGUCCCCGGCUCGACUCCGGGUGCCCCCUGUGAAUUAAAUGAUCGCUAACAGUUACGAAUAAUUUAAUCAGGUUUAUUUUAACAUUAAUAUUUCACUAACCUUGUAUGCUGGCAACCAACUGUUCACUAGAAUCAACGAGCGCAAAUCAUAGCAAACGGCAGUUUCAUUUUGAAGUGCAGAAAAUUAAAGCUUAUUAUUUUAUACAUGGAUAUAAUAAGCGGAGGGUCCCCCCUGGAGAAAUAAUACCAAAGCAAAACAGAGUCAGAAUCAACUGGAGUCCGUAUGUCCCAUUGUGUGCUGGCAAAUCAUCGAAGCAGUUGCUAUUUUUGCCCACUUCGACGCCGACGUCCGGAUGAGACGGCGCUUGAUAAUAGUUGCGCUCAAAUUUACGAGGACUAUUCAAACAAAAACUGUUUGACAAGUUCGUUAUGUGAACAUUGUGCGGCCAAAAGGGACUUAACCAGCAUCAAUUUGAGAAAUUAAAGCCAUUGUUAGUUCGUGCAUGUCUGCUAGCUAAUUAAUUUUGAAUAUCCUUUCAACCAUAACUAUGGCUUAUCUUCCACAGUUAACGUUAGUUCAAUUAAAUUUGGGGGGUUAUAGUAAACGUCUAGUUUUCUAGUUGGAAACUGGUUGGAAACGAAAUGGCGCAUUAUUUGGUUAUUUUUGAUCCCCUAUCCCCCUCAUCACAGGUAGUCACAAAAAGUUACCCUCUCCCUUGAAUGGCGACAUUUUUGGACCCCUCCCUUCCGAAUUCGAAUAAGUUUCUUUUAUUUAAAAAUUGUCCGCCUCUUUUUCAGAUUUUUCUUUUCGAUUUCCAAUUUUCUGGACCCUUUCCCUUUACACUCACAAAAAAUAGGUGACCCCUCCCUACCUUAAAGGUGUAACACCGUAACUAGUUGUCGAAACUUAAUAGUCGAUAAGUUGUUUGAUUAUCCGGGCUACGAAGGAAUACAGAACACGAACAUUUCCGGGUGCAGUCUAGUGACUAAUAACAAGUCUUCCCAACGAAUCUCCGGCCUGUAUCCGCCAUUAAUUGCGCAAAUCUCUUGGCAACGGAAAUAUUAUAAUCGCACCGCAUGAACCCCACACGCCAGAGCUUUUGUCGUUCACCUCCUUUUGGGCUCAGAUUUAUAUCUUAUAAUAGUCCAACUCAUUAGACGGGUUGGGCUCUUGAUGCGCUUUGCAUUUCCCCUCAUUAGUUUCCAGAUGACCUUGUUAUAGGCUUCAAAUUGCGAACAUGGUUGAACAAUGGACAUGUUGUUUUCUUAUUAUUGAGCAAAGUACUACGUUAAUCGAACAGGUCGACUCAUUUCGAGCUUAUCCGCCAAAUGAGUUGGGCGUUGAAAUCAAGACUCAUUGGGUACGACUUUUGGCCUUCUAUAAGCUUCUUAACUAUCUAAUUCAAAUAAGCAUUUCCUUGGAGUAAUAAGAGAUUUUUGCAGCUAUAUGAAAUUCCGCCUAGCAACGCUCAGUGUUUUAUCUGCCAUGUCUACCAGAUCGCAUACAUUUUUGUUUCGUCCUAUGUUUUCUGGGUAGGCUAUUAAACAAAAGCUCAUCACGGAACCCCAUGCUGUAAUCUAUGGUAGAUCAACUGUCACCUGCCAAUCUCAGAAUGAGAUCUUUAGUUGUUCUGUGAAAACAAACUAAUCUCGCCACUCACUGAUGUAUCAAUCAUCCCAUCUAUACAGUUUCUUCUUUCUGUGCUGAAUUAAGUUCCUUCAAUCGGAACCUUCUGAGCCAAGAUGAAAGGGUCUAACGUGAUUGAAAAUAUUAUACUUUGGCGCUAGGGCGCUAGCCGUAUAUAUGUUCCACACUGCGCAAAAUCACUCCAGAUUCAGAAGUAAGUCGGUGCUCACCCAGUCACGCUGAAAGGGAGCUCCACGGUAGACGAUAGGCUCUAUUUUAUCCAGCGCUACAGAUAUGAACAACAGCAGUCUUCCCGAUCCCAAUGAGAUUGUGCUCAACAUUUACGGCGACGUCUACAACCCUGUCGACAUCAAAGAUAAAAUCUUAAUUAUUCUCAAAAUCGUUUGCUGCAUCAUCGGCAUCCCUCUGAACGUGUCCAUCGCAGUCACCAUCAUCCGCCACCGGCGUCUUCACAGAAAGCCCAGGAACAUUUUCCUCCUGGGAAUUGUUUUCUCUUAUUUGGCCUUUUUCGUGCCGGCCAUUAUCGAAUUGAUUUACUGGGGAAUGUACCAGGACGAGUCCGUUUGCGAGGCCUACGUCGCCGUCGUUUCUCUACCUCAUUUCUUGCUACUUUGGAACAUGUUAUUAGCCCUGGCUGACCGAUUUGUGGCCAUCAACUACCCACUGCUCCACCGGGAGAAAAUGACCGUCUGUUUGGCCUCUUGCGUCGUUUGUUUCAGUUCCAUUUCACUGCCGUUUCUACUCAAAUUUGUCUACACCUUCCGGCUGAUUCCACUCCGUUGCGUCAUGUGGAUCGUGCUCGUCAAAUUUCUUUUGAUCGUCCUGGCCGUCCUGUUUGUCUUGUGCACCGCCCUGAAUGUCGUCGUCUACCGGAAGACCAAGGCCCUGCUCCGGGAAACUCGAACGCUCCACCCGCCGUUCACCGACGUCGUUCAGCCCAGUCAUUUCAGAUCGGUUGAAGUGUCAUCACGUAAUAAUUUGAUUCAAAGGGCGUCGACUAAUAUGAAUGAAAAUUCCGCCGCCGUCGCUGUCAGGCCCAUGUCGGUUCACGUGGAUCGUAGGAAAAUCAAUCGGAUCGAAAUGGAGGCGACGCUCACGCUGAUUUUGGGAGUCACUUCGUUGCUGGUCACUUUUUUCCCGUAUUUCGUCUGCUUUUUCCUGUACCGCCUGUGCCGGCUGUUGAUCGGCAGCCAAUCCGAGUGCAGCAAUUUCAACUGGAUUUCGCCCUACUUGAUUGAAAUGGGGUUAAUUAACGCUGUUUAUAGUCCACUAAUAUUUCUUAUAAGAAACAGGGAAUUGUGGAAAUUAAACGUCACAUGUUGAAACCAUGUUAGGUGGGAUAAAAUCAUUUUCCAAUUUUACCGAGAGUAUGAAUCUUUCGUCAAUAUUUUCCUACACAUUUGUUGUCUGUCACUUACACGAAAAGUUGCGCGUCAAACGGUGAAACUGUUACGUAAUAGCGUAUUGGGUUCUUUAUGAUGAUAUAAUAAUUGAUGAUCUUUGUUCAAUUUCCGAGAGUGAAUCUUUCGUCAAUAUUUUGCCACAUACUGUAUUUUUCGUCUGUAUAACUUUACACGAGAAAAAAGGUGUGAUGAUUCUUUCAUGGAUGUUAUGUCCCAGUUAUUUGGAGUACAAAUUAAAUUAAAUAUCGACAUUAAAAA